CCAACAAACAACUUCUUCCUUUCACCUCAACCACAAAGAACUACUUAUACCUUUACCACUCAACUCCCACCCACACAACACCACAACACAACCAACCUGGCGCAAUGUCUUCCUCGUACCACAUCCCGAUGCCCCGCAACUUUCUCGCUGUCAACACUCCCCUCAAGAAGUCCGGGUCCAUCGACGCUGCCACCGCCGCCGUUCAGUCCGAGCAGUUUGAUCACGGGUUUCUUUCCAACCGGCCAGCUGCCGUUCCGCGCCACGCCUCCAUUAGUAGCACGACCAGCAGCAUCUCCGAGGAUGCCAUUAGCAGCGCGCCAUCUUCUCCCCCCACCGUCGCUGCCGCUAGCCCAGUCCUUGCAGCGAAGGAGCUUCACUCCUCUGGCGCUUAACGCAAAGCACGCGGUUCUUCCGCCGAGCAUUGCGGACAUGACCCCCGUUGCCAGGACCGCAUUCUUGUCCAACAGGGGUGCAGGUGGCUACUAAGCUAGAGAGCGUUGUACAAGAGCGCAGACUAGCUGGCUACGAAAGCGCAACACAAAGCAUGCAUUCCCAAGCGAAGCAGCACAAGACUCAUGCUACGAAGAUUACGAAUUUCCUUUUAUCUCUUUGCAUUAAAAGUCAAAGCCAACAAAAAGACCCUUCACGGCAGGAUUUGGGCAGGGGCAGGGACGGGCGCUUGGGGGAAUUGUCUUCAACACCACAAUUUGAUUCUCACUUGAGUUACUACA